UCAGUUGGUGGGGAAGAAUAAAUGAUGAUGAUAAUGGCGGUGCAGAGAGAGAGAAACUCAGACUCAGGCACAGUCUGGGUUUCCAUUGUUAAAAGCGUAUCAUUGCAUUGCUAGAGAGUGAGAAAGAGGGACGGCACUGGAGUGCACGUGGUUCAGCUUCAGUUGCUGGCGACCUCUUAAAAUUUAUUGCAUUUUACAAAAACCAUUAAAAAGGAAGUUUAUUAAAUUGCCUCUCGCUGUCUCAUCUGUUUUCCUUCUAGCAAAGCUUCAGCAUCCGUCUCCACUAUUCUCAUUUCAUUUACUCCUACUCCCAUUCCUACCUGCCUUCCAUUUCUUCUCUCUCUUCAUCUCUCAGCUCAACCUCAUACUUUGUCACUCUCAUUGCCCCCCCUCAACUAUAAGAUAAUCACAGAUCUUUGUUCUUUCAGUGACUGUAAUUUCUGUUAAUCCCAUUUGAAAAAGGAAGGAGCUUGAGCAAGAAUGAUCCCUAUUGGUCGUGAUCGUGUCGCCGUGUUUCUCAUUGAAAUGGCAUUUGCGAAACCUCGUUUACCGCAGCUGAGGAAACACAAGUUGUCGCACAUUUGGUUCCAACUAAGAUAAUGCCUAACGGGUAAAGACGUCCCCCGACGGCCCCUUGUUUCGAGCAUGAGAAGGCAUCGUCAAUUUCAUCUUCCGCGUGCUCUCUUGUGCUCUGUUCUUUGUCUUCUUUCGUCUAUCGCGGUCUCGCCCGUGACAGAGAAGGAGAUUUUGCUUCAAUUUAAGGGCAACAUUACGGACGAUCCUCAAAACAGUUUGAGCUCGUGGAUUUCAAGUGGAAACCCUUGUGAAGAUUAUAGAGGAGUUUUCUGUAACCAGGAAGGUUUUGUGGAAAGAAUCGUACUGUGGAACACUAGUUUGGCUGGAGUCUUGGCGCCGGCUCUGUCGGGGUUGAAAUUUUUGAGGAUUUUGGCACUGUUCGGGAAUCGUUUUUCAGGGAAGAUUCCGGAAGAAUACGGUGACAUUCACUCAUUGUGGAAGAUCAAUCUGAGCUCCAAUGCAUUAUCUGGCUCAAUCCCGGAGUUCAUUGGUGACUUAGAAAACAUUCGCUUUCUGGAUUUAUCCAAGAAUGGCUUCACUGGGGAGAUCCCUUCGGCUCUGUUUAGGCACUGUUACAAAACCAGGUUCAUUUCUCUUUCUCACAACAGUCUUUCAGGUAUAAUUCCGGCAUCAUUGGCGAAUUGCUCGAACAUGGAGGGAUUUGAUUUUUCUUUCAACAAUCUAAGAGGGGGUAUUCCUUCUGGGCUUUGUGAUAUUCCAAGUUUAUCCUAUAUGUCCUUGAGAAGCAAUGCCUUAUCAGGAACAGUAAAAGAGAAGAUUGUGGGAUGCCAAAGUUUGACACUUCUGGAUCUCGGAGAUAAUACAUUCACUGGUUCAGCCCCUUUUAGCAUCGUUGAGACGAAGAAUCUUACUUAUUUCAACGUAUCAUAUAACGGUUUUAGUGGACAAAUUCCUGAGAUCCCUGCCUGUAGCGAGAGAUUACAAAUUUUUGAUGCUUCAGGGAAUGAUUUGGAUGGGGAGAUUCCCUCUAGCAUUACAGGAUGCAAGAGCCUCAAGCUAUUUGCCUUGGAGUCUAAUAGGUUGAAAGGAACUAUCCCGUUUGGGAUAAAAGAUAUGGGAAGGCUGCUAGUUAUUAAAUUAGGUAAUAAUUCAAUAAGUGGAUCGAUUCCCAUAGGUUUUGGCGAUAUUCAGCUGCUUGAAAUCCUUGAUUUGCACAAUCUAAACCUUGUCGGUGAAAUUCCCAAAGAUAUAAGCAAUUGUAGAUUCCUUCUAGAGCUGGAUGUUUCGGGUAAUAACUUAGAAGGAGAGAUUCCUCAGAACCUUAACAACUUGACAAACCUGGAAGUCCUUGACCUACAUCAAAAUCACCUCAAUGGCAGCAUCCCCACAAGCCUGGGAAACUUGUCAAAGAUCCAAUACUUAAAUUUGUCACAUAAUUCACUUUCUGGUUCUAUCCCUUCUUCCCUCGGGAAUUUCAUCAACCUGACACAUUUUAAUCUCUCAUCUAACAAUCUCUCUGGUGUCAUCCCACCUAUUCCAAUCCUACUGAGUUUUGGUUCUUCGGCAUUUUCCAACAACACUUUUCUUUGCGGUGCUCCUUUGGAUACCCCUUGCUCUGUAAGCGGCACUAUACCACAACCUACUUCUUCUGGGAAGCCUAAACUAAGUGUCUCUGCAAUUAUCGCAAUCGUUGCUGCAGCAGUGAUUCUUGCCGGCGUUUGUUUGGUGAGCAUCAUGAAUAUCAAGGCUCGUAGUAGGAAAAAAGAUGAGCAGAUGGUGAUUGUUGAGAGUACACCCCUUGGAUCUACAGAAUCAAAUGUUAUAAUAGGAAAGCUAGUUCUCUUCAGCAAAAGUUUACCAUCCAAGUAUGAAGACUGGGAAGCAGGUACCAAAGCAUUGCUUGAUAAAGAGUCUUUGAUCGGCCGUGGAUCAAUCGGGACAGUCUACAGAACUGAUUUUGAAGGCGGGAUCUCAAUUGCAGUGAAAAAGCUGGAGACAUUGGGAAGAAUCAGAAACCAGGAUGAAUUUGAGCAAGAAAUUGGGCGAAUAAGUAACCUUCAACACCCAAAUUUAGUUGCCUUACAAGGUUACUAUUGGUCCUCGACAAUGCAGUUGAUUCUAUCAGAGUUUGUCCCAAAUGGGAAUCUCUACGAUAAUCUACAUGGCUUCGGUUAUCCUGGAACCAGCACUAGCAGCGGCAACAGGGAACUGAAUUGGUCUAGAAGGUACCAGAUUGCAGUUGGAACUGCCAGAGCCCUUGUCUACCUUCACCAUGACUGUCGACCUCCAAUUCUUCAUCUCAACUUGAAGUCCUCUAACAUACUCUUAGAUGACAAGUACGAGGCAAAGUUGUCUGAUUAUGGGUUGGGAAAGUUACUUCCCAUUUUGGACAACUACGGCUUGACCAAAUUCCACAAUUCUGUCGGGUAUGUUGCACCAGAGUUGGCUCAGAGUAUGAGACAGAGUGAGAAAUGUGACGUGUACAGUUUUGGGGUCAUUCUUCUGGAGCUGGUCACAGGGAGGAAGCCUGUAGAAAGUCCUACAGCAAACGAGGUUGUGGUUUUGUGUGACUAUGUGAGAGGGUUAUUGGAGACUGGCUCAGCUUCACUGUGCUUUGAUGCGAGGUUGCUGGGUUUUGCGGAGAACGAGUUAAUUCAGGUGAUGAGAUUGGGGCUUAUAUGUACGUCGGAGGAUCCUUCAAGGAGACCAAGUAUGGCUGAGGUUGUGCAGGUUCUUGAAUCUAUCAGAAAUGGAUUGGAAUCAAAUUAACCAGGCAGACCAAUAGGAUUUCCUUGCAGCAGAAAUGGAAGGUAAUUUGUGCAUACAAGGUUCGGGGGAUGAGGGCGUUUCCCCAGAAAAAGUGAAAAGACAAAUAAUUCUUUUGCAUUCAUUUUUAAAUUACCAUUUUUAAUUUAAAAAUUGUAAUAUUCGCAAUAAUAGGCAUUUCUUUAUUACAUU